AUGACCCCAUUGAUUCCAUCAAACUGUUGCAACGUACUUUAUCCAUUAAUUACGGCUCGAACAAAUACCGGUAUCUCAGUUUGCUUUUACUGCUCUACGGAGACUCGCUGGCCAGAUCUUCAAAGUCAAGCUGAGAGAUUUCAGCUGUCCAGCUGCAAAACGAUAGUCGAGGUCGACACGAAUUAUUGUUGCAGCAUCAGCUUUGUCUCCAAAGAUCCAUGGGCAGGAUUGCAGAGCCUCGAUCCAGACAACGGUGACGCCAUGGAGGCGGCUCGGCAUUCUCAGCUCGUGACCUCAGUCUCAGCUUUUAAUUGUUACUCGUACGUUGGUAUACAGUUUUCAAUAGGCUCCGAUGGGGAUCCAAAAGGACGACGAAAACAACGAGGACGAAUCUGGGUAGACACACCCACGGAUGUUUCACAACUUUGUUUUUCCAAGACGAACAUUUACAGUGCGGAAGAUUAACGCUAAAAGAUCUUCGCGAAACAUUGCCAGGAGGAUUUCAUGCGUGCAUCGUCCUCGUUUCGUACAAUUACUUCGAG